GUCUUCUCUCGACUGUUUUUGAGGCCUUGUGAAAAGGGUACUUGUAGGCGAAGUUUCAUAUAGAGAUAAGGUAUUCAAUGACAGGCUUGGCUUAAUGGAUUCACUAAGAUCUACUACAUAAUUAUAGAAAAACACACAAAAGAGGGAUUAAAGUAGCCAAUCAUGUUGAAGUUGUCCAUCAACAUCCAGACCAUUUUGGUGGGAAUUAGCAUUGGUCUUUUUGUGUACUACGUCAUCAAACGGAUGCGGUAUCGUCUGCCACCUGGACCAUGGUGUAUCCCACUUAUUGGGCAUUAUAAGAUUUAUUCAUCGCCUGAGUUUCACUUAAAAACCGCAGCGCUUGCAAAGGAAUUCGGUCCUAUAAUCCGGCUGUCUGUUGGUCCCCAAACCUGGGUUGUUCUAAAUGACAUCAACUCUGUGCUGGAAGCAAUGGUAACGAAAAAGACCGAUUUUGCUGGAAGACCACAGAUUACAUCAGGUGAUGUGUUUACGGAAGGAGGAAAGGAUAUAACCCUGGCUAAUUAUUCAGCUUCCUGGAAAUUACAUAGGAAAAUAGUCGGAAAGGCCCUAAGGAAUUAUCUUCAAGGGGAUUUAUUGGAAAACAUGAUUCAAGACAAUAUGAAUAAAUUUUUGGACAAGAUGGCCGAAGAGAAAGGACCGUUCGUUUUCAAAGAAUACAUGGAUCUGAUAAUUUUUCAUCAACUGUACACAAUAUGUUUUGGAGAAAAACGUCCUGUAGAUGACCCGGAGGUGAAAAGAUUUAUUAAAUUAGACAAUGAUCUGCUGGAGAAAUUUGGUUCGGGUUUCUUUGAAGACGUAUUUCCCUAUCUGAGACACAUCUUUACGACGGCUAAAUGGAAGAAAAUGCUUGUUUUGACAGAAGAAGUGCUGAACAUUCUCCGGAAGAAUUUGAAAGAACACAAAGAAACUUUCCAGCCAGGAGUCAACAGGGACUUUACAGACAGCAUGCUUAUCGCCAAACAGGAAGCGAAGGAUGAGGGCGAUGAGGCGGCCCUGGAGAUCUUGGAUGACACGCACCUGGUUCAGACAAUAUCUAAUAUCUUCAUUGCGGGGGCAGACACUACUCGUUUCCUUAUUGACUGGUUCGUUUAUUUCAUGACACGAUUUCCGGAAACCCAAGCAAAAUGUCAGGAGGAAAUUGACAGAGUUGUUGGAUCGAAGCAACUUUCAAUGAAGGACAGAGGCAAUUUAGAUUACACCGAGGCCUGUAUAUUUGAGACGAUGCGAAUUUCAAAUUCUGUUGGUUUUGGGAUUCCACACAUGACAGUCUGUGAUUCACAAGUUGGGGGAUACGAUGUUCCAAAAGGCACCACUGUACUUAUCAAUUACUGGGCGCUUCACCAUGACCCUAAACAAUGGAAGGACCCAGAACAAUUUGACCCACAUCGCUUUCUCGAUGAAAACGGCAAAAUGAAACCCACCAAACCAGACAGUUGGCUUCCCUUUUCUGUCGGACGCCGAGUUUGUUUGGGAGAAUCUUUGGCCAAAUCAGACAUCCUACUGAUAUGUGCCAAUCUUCUACAGCGAUUUGAAAUAAGUCUCCCAGAGGGCGUGAAGCCGAAUUUAGAGUGUCAUAUGAAGGGAUUUGGUAUGGAAAUGCCACCUGAUUACAAAAUCGUGGUCAAAGAAAGAUCUGGAUGAUCAAACAUGGUUAUGGACUAGUUUAAUUGUACGUGUACAUUAUUUGCACGAUGUAGGAUGAUGAUGAUUAUUACAUAUGCAAUUUUUUCAAAAGAAAUGUGUUUCUAGCGUCUUUCAUUAUAUUUCUUUCCAAUGAUCUGCAAACGGAUCCUUUUUUGGUUAUAUAACUUCAACUUAAUUUGAAAAACACUAUAACGACCUACACUGUCUGGAAUAGAUAAAUGUACUUUAAGCUCAUUUUGUUGGAACAACUGUUUAAAAAUUACAAGUUCAACAAUUCAUUUUAAAUAUACUUCUCUUUAUAAUUUCAGUGUCUAGCAACGAUCGAUUUUUAUAGAAUAUUCCAUAAAUAAAUACGUUAAAAUCCUUUUCUA